CGAGGUUCUCCCUGCUCUCUGUUUUACCUCUUCUCUACUCACUGUUGUCUCUUGAGUCCAUAUCUGUGCUAACUGCUAGCUCACUAUACCAAACCAAUGUCUACCAAACGCAAACUGCAGGUUGCGGGCUUCCAAGAUGAACCGUUCGCCAAGAGGAGCCACACCUGGGAACCAGAGACACACACAGACUGGUUAAACAGCAGCGAGCUGAAAGGUGAAUCGCAAGCAUCAGGAUAUCCAGAUGGCAAGUGCUCACUGCCACCGUCCUCGCUGCCACCGUCGAAUAUGGUCUCCGCCAUCCGGGAACUGAUCGACCCCGACUUUGACCCGAUACCAGCCAUUCUGAAUGAAAAGCCACGAUUCUUAAAGUCGUUGCCGCCUCGGAUAUCAGCGAACGAUGUUGACUUUUUGCGCUCGCGAGGUGCCCUUAGCAUUCCGGAGCCUGGAUUGCGGAAUGAGUUGCUGAGGUGUUACGUGAAAUGGGUGCAUAGCUUCAUGCCUGUAUUGGACUUGCAUGAGUUCCUGCGAUGUAUUGCUCAGAACGACCCCAACGGAAACAUUAGCUUGUUACUUUUCCAGGCUGUUAUGUUUGUAGGAACUGCAUUUGUUGAUUUAAAAUAUCUACAAGCAGCUGGAUAUGAAAAAAGGAAGAGUGCACGAGACGUUUAUUUCAGUCGAAUCAAGCUCCUGUAUUCAUUUGAAUGUGAGGAAGACAGGAUUGCGAUUCUUCAAACUGUCCUUCUCAUGACAUACUGGUUCGAGUACGACCAAGAAAGCAACGCCGGAGGAGAUAUCUGGGACUGGAUUGGGAUUUGCAACACACAUAGCCAUUCCAUCGGACUGAAUAAGGAUCCGACAAAUUCCGAUAUGGAUCCUCGGACGAAACGGCUGAGGGUACGACUAUGGUGGAGUCUUUACGCUCGCGAUCGCUUGAUCGCCAUGGGUUUGAGGCGCCCUACUCAUAUCAACGAAGGAACGAGCGACGUUCCAUUGCUGACGCUGGAUGACUUUAAUUUUGAGUCAUUUCACCCUUCUGUGCUUGAAAUGCUUAAAUGCCGUCUCCUCGUGAAUAUCUCGGACCAGAAGCGCCUGGCGGUCAUGUUCAUCGAAAAGGUGAAACUCUGCCAAUGCGUCGGCCGGGUCCUGUUCGCACAGUACUCUGCUUCACACCGUCACUUCGGAACCACGAACAGGACCACGAUCACUCUGGUCCCCAGGGAGGCCUCGGAGUCAGAGCUUACUCGGUGCAGUCGAAAGCUCGAAUCGUGGCUCGGCGGAUUGCCAAAGGAUAUUGAUUUCAAUCACUCUCCUACAAGAAAUUCGACCGAAGACGAAGAUGUCCUGUUUCUUCAUGGUGCCAUGUUACGCAUGCUAUAUCAUGCUACCAGCAGCGCACUUCAUCGGCCGUGGGCUUCCAAGUCCCCCAAGAACAAGGACCAUCCCAAGACCCGUUCGCAGUGUCAAAGUACAGCACGGGAGAAGAUGGACGACGCAACGACAGGCAUCACACGCAUCGUUCAAGGCCUUAACCGGAAAGAUCUCACAAGAUUCCUGCCACAAUCUGGUGUAACGGUCAUCAUACCCGCGGCUGUAUCGCACUUGGCCAAUUCCACCUCUGCCGAUCCUAUAAUCCAAGACAUCAGUAUCCACGGCUUCUACAAAUGCGUCCAGGCCCUCCACCUACUCCAAGACAUGUACCCUGCAGCCGACUUCGAAGUGGCUAACCUUGAAGCUGCGGUCAAGACACAAUGCGAAAGCUACGGUUCUUUUCUGAAACUCAUGCAGGGCAUCAGUCUCUGUUUGCCCAGACCUCGUUGUCAAACGGACUCGCCCAGGAUAGCAUUUAUGGAAGAUAAAUCGGAUGAUAGAGACGAUGACUACCAAUGCCUGAUGGAGCCGAAUGAUUCCCUUUCGCUUUCUCCAUAUAUCCAGACUCAGAAUCAUAAUAAUAAUACCCCGAGUCCGUAUUCUCCUACCUGUUCUAUACGCCCAGUUCUACUCAAUGUCGAUCAAACCCCGAGCCACUUGCCAGAAAUCCCACCUCUCUUCCCCGAUAACGAUGAAAUAGACAUGGAUUUGGACGUGAACGUCGAUAUGGACAUGAGCUGGUCCAAUGGAUUUGUAGCAGAGAAUGAAUCCAACCGCGACUCUUCUUCCCUUGGUGUUCGUCUGGAUACGCAGAUGUCUCCUCACGGGAACGACUUUCUGGCAUUAUCCCAAAAGGCGUUACAGCCGACGGUCUGGGCGGGUGAGCUGCGUGGUAUUACAGGGGAUCUGGACAGAGAUCUGGGGUUAUCCGAAUCUGGUGACGAUCUGUAUUAAGUGGUCGGUUAAUGAAUGCAUAUCGUUUUGUUCACUGUCUCUUCUUUAUCUGUUAUCCUAUAUAGUGUGCUCAGUAAUUUAGGUC